AAGUGCACAAUACUACUAUUGGUUUGAGAAGACACUGUACUACCGUAUGUAUGAUAAUAUGUAUUAAUAAUUUGAUUAUACGUGUGAUAGGAAUAUUCAGUUGACCUUCGGUAAUUUAGUGGACGUCGAACACGCCCACGUUCGUUUUCUGGGCAACCUGGUGCUCAACAUAUGGGACUGUGGUGGACAGGAGGCGUUCAUGGAAAAUUACUUUACGUCGCAACGUGACCAGAUCUUCCGCAAUGUUGAAGUGCUGAUCUACGUGUUCGAUGUGGAAAGUCGCGAGGUGGAAAAGGACUACAAGUACUACCAAAUAUGCCUUGAGGCACUUCUUCAGAACUCCCCU